GCUGCCCCUGCCCUUCCCUCUCCUCCCUCUUUCCCAAAGGCGGGCGGGAGCCCUGUGCCUCCCCUCGUGACUGCGAUAAACAUUACACCGAGGCCAUUAAUGUUUAAUGAGGUUUGUCUCCCAAUUAAUGCGCUUUCCCGUGGGUGCCCACUCGCAGAGCGAGGCGCCCGCCGGACGACACGCCGAGGCCAUGGGUGACGAGCAAGUGCCCGAGCAGGGCCAGGACAGGUUCAGCUACGACUAUGACACCAUCCGCAACGGGGGGCUGAUCUUCGCCGUCGUGGCUUUUGUGAUCGGGCUCCUCAUCAUCCUCAGCCAGCGGUUCCACUGCGGAGGGAGGAAGAAGAGGAGGCAAGGGAACGAUGAGGAGCUGUAGGUGCAGUCCCAGAGCUGCAAUGCCGUGGAAGCAGAGCUCCAGCCGAAGCCCAGGAGUCCUGGCCAGUGGCCACCCCUCACCCCGCUCCAGUGGAUCCAUUACCCCGCAAGGCCAGAACGCAAAUUGCCCUCGUGCUUCCCCCUCUCUCAGACCCAGCAAGAGUUUCUUGGCUAAUAAAGUUCAGGCUCCGCGAGGUUAAA